AUGAAAGUUUCUCCUUUGGCUCGCGGUCAUGAAAGCUGGUCACUUGGAUCUUCUGGAGGUUAUGGAGGUUUAUCACUAGGUUCUUCUGGAGGUCAUGAAGGACUUUCACUUGGAUCAUCCGGUGGACAUGGACUGUCUUUAGGAUCAUCUGGAGGUCACGGUGGUUUCUCUUUUGGAUCAUCUGGUGGUCAUGGCGGUUUAUCACUCGGAUCAUCUGGUGGUCAUGGAGGUUUAUCACUUGGAUCGUCUGGUGGUCAUGAAAGCCUGUCAUUAGGCUCAUUUGGUGGACAUGGUUUAUCUUCGGGAUCUUCCGGUGGCCAUGAAAGUUUAUCACUUGGAUCUGGCGGUCAUGGUGGCCUUUCAUUAGGAUCCUCUGGCGGACACGGAUUGUCCUUGGGUUCUUCUGGUGGACACGGUGGUUUAUCUUUGGGAGGUCAUGAAAGUAUAUCAUUAGGAUCCUCAGGAGGACAUGGUGGUUUAUCAUUAGGAUCCUCUGGUGGACACGGUGGUUUUUCAUUUGGAUCUUCUGGAAGUCAUGGAGGACUAUCACUAGGAUCAUCUGGAGGUCAUGAUAUAUCCAUUUCAGUUAGCUCAUCAGGAGGUCAUGGCGGAUUAUCGUUAGGAUCUUCCGGCGGACAUGGUGGAUUGGGAGGACAUGAGAGCAUAUCUUUGGGUCAUGGACAUGGAGGAUUAUCUUUGGGAGGAGGAAGUCAUGGUGGUUUAUCAUUUGGAGGAGGUGGCCAUGGAGGCUUAUCCCUUGGAGGUGGUGGCCAUGGAGGAUUUUCACUUGGAGGUGGCGGCCAUGGGGGAUUAUCUCUUGGAGGAGGUGGCCAUGAAAGCUUGUCAUUAGGAGGCGGUCAUGGUGGCGAAGAGGGGUUUGGCCAUGAUCUCUUAGGACGUGAAGCAUUAAAAAAUUUUGACCACUCUUUUAUUCAUUUGGGAAAAUUUUCAGGACCUAAGAAACUCCCCCCAAAAGUUGUCCAUGUAACAAAAACCUACGCAAUUAAGGUUCCGGUUCCAUACCCAGUCAAAGUACCUCAUCAUGUACCCUACCCAGUACCAGUACCAAAACCAUACCCAGUUCCAGUUGAAAAAAUCGUAAAAUUACCUGAAUCCCACGGUUCCUCCGAUUUUGGAUCUAGUGGCUUGUCUGGAGGAGACCACGGCUCAUCUGGAUUUAGUUCUGGCGGAUUUUCAGGUGGGGAUCAUGGUUCCUCGUCUGGAUUCAGUUCCAGUGGAUUUUCUGGAAGCGAUCAUGGGUCAUCCGGCUUUAGUUCCGGAGGCGAAUCUUCUCAUGGCGACAGUUACGCACAAGUAGCGAUAUCUCAAGGAUACAGUUUAGGCGGCGGUAGCAGUGGCGGAAGUGAAGGUGGACACGACUUUUCUUCAUCAUCAGGAUCUGGAUCUGAUUCUCACAGUGGUGGUUUCUCCGCUUCAUCAUUCUCAGGAAGUGAUCACAGCUUUGGAGGCUCCUCUGGCGGUGGAAGUUAUGAACAUAAAUCAUAAUUUCUUAGCCCAAUUCCAA